AUGGCCGAUACACCUGUGAAUUGUUUGCCCAUGGCACCUCGGGCUUGGGAAGACCCAAACACUCUUCCAUCUAUUAUCAAGGAGGCUUCAGCUGAACCAGUUAAGGUGACUAUGCCUGAUAUAUCGGGAGGAAACUCUGAAGAAGAAAGACCAGAGGAGGAUGCAAGCAGCCGAAAGAAGAGGAGGUGUGAGGAGAAGAAACAGGAUAAGCAUGAUAGGCGUGAGAAGCACCAUUCUCGUGAUUCUGAUAGGAGGAAACACAGGAAAGACAAGGAGAGGAGGAGGCACGGCCCUGACUAG